UGCGCCAUGGGCAAGGAGCCGUCAAACUUCAGGGGAAGCAGAGCUGGCAAGAGUCUCUCAUCACCACCCGCGCGAAUGGCCUAUUCUAACGACUGGAUUGAACAGUAAAGAAGCGGUUUGUCUUCAAAAAGAUUAACUUUUGUAUGGAUUUAUGUGGUGGCCAAACACAGUUAAAACCAGAACUAUUUUUGGAUUACAUUAGCCUAUGGGAUCUGUUUGCCAUUAUCACUGUGAGAGUUAGGCUACAGAAAGAUUAUUUUACAAGACGGACAUAUAUAUCGGACUGAACAGGAGUUGGUCACUUUUUAAAAACAAAUUCAGAAAAGUGAAAAUAAUGGACAUCAAAGCGGGUUUUCAUUUAAAGUCGAUAAAUAUAUAGCCAUAUUCUAUUAGUUUUUUUUGUCAAUAAGUCGAUAUAAAGGCUAUAAUUUGCACUAUGAUGGAACCGCCACCAUGCUGCAAGAAGAGCCUUUCUCUCUCGCUUCCCGUUCCCCGGGAGCAAGCGACCCUGAAGCCUCCGCAACAUCUAUGGAGGCAGCCAAGGACCCCAAUCAAAAUCAAACACCGUGGAUAUUCUGACACAGACCGGCAUCACCACCGGCAGAUCGAACGCUCCAAUGCAAUGGAUACGAGCGACCGACCAGGGCUUAAGAAGUCUCGGAUGUCUUGGCCAUCCUCGUUCCAUGGAACGACAAACACGUCCAUCGGCAAUUGUGUUGGAAAUAAACGUUUUGACUCUGAGAAUGGUGCUUCACCCGGCCGAAGCCCCAUGGAUUCGCAGGCGAGUCCUGGCCUGGGGCUUCACCCCUCCUUCCCCCAGAGUCAGCGCAGGGAAUCCUUCCUCUACCGCUCGGACUCCGACUAUGACAUGUCGCCCAAAACCAUGUCACGUAAUUCCUCCAUCAACAGUGAGGGGCAUGCAGAGGACAUGAUAGUCACUCCUUUUUCUCAGGUGUUGGCCAGUCUACGAACUGUAAGAAGCAACUUCACCAUCCUGGCCAAUGUCACAACACCCACUAACAAGAGGUCACCAGUGACAAGCCAACCUACUGUUCCCCAGGCAACACUCUCUGAGGAGACCUAUCAGCAGAUGGCCAGGGAGACUCUGGAUGAACUAGACUGGUGUCUGGACCAGUUAGAGACCGUCCAGACACAUCGCUCUGUCAGUGAGAUGGCGUCCAACAAGUUUAAGAGGAUGUUGAACCGGGAGCUCUCCCACCUGUCUGAGAUGAGUCGGUCAGGGAACCAGGUGUCUGAAUACAUCUCCACCACAUUCCUCGAUAAGCAGAAUGACGUGGAGAUCCCGUCCCCCACCCAAAGAGAGAGGGAGAAGCCCAUGUGCCACAUCAGCGGCGUGAAGAAGCUCACGCACAGCUCCAGCCUGUCCAUCUCUGCCAUGCCUCGCUUUGGAGUCAAGACGGAACAGGAGGAAGCGUUAGCCCGGGAGCUGGAUGACUUGAAUAAGUGGGGCCUUAAUAUCUUUCAUGUGGCUGAGUUCUCCAAUAACAGGCCUCUCAGCUGCAUGAUGUUUGCCAUCUUCCAGGAAAGGGAUCUGCUGAAGACGUUCAGUAUCCCGGCUGACACCUUCAUCACCUACGUGAUGACUCUGGAGGACCACUACCAUGCCAACGUGGCCUAUCACAACAGCCUCCACGCGGCAGACGUGACCCAGUCCACACACGUGCUGCUGUCCACCCCUGCUCUGGACGCUGUCUUCACUGAUCUGGAGAUCCUGGCUGCGUUGUUUGCUGCUGCCAUUCAUGAUGUGGACCAUCCUGGAGUGUCCAACCAGUUCCUCAUCAAUACCAAUUCGGAGCUAGCUCUGAUGUAUAACGAUGAGUCGGUUCUGGAGAACCACCACCUGGCUGUGGGCUUCAAGCUGCUCCACGAGGAGAACUGUGACAUCUUCCAGAACCUUAGCAAGAGGCAACGCCAGAGCCUGCGCAAGCUGGUCAUUGACAUGGUGUUGGCAACUGACAUGUCCAAACACAUGAGUUUGCUAGCAGAUCUAAAGACCAUGGUGGAGACCAAGAAGGUGACAAGUUCAGGGGUGCUACUGCUGGACCACUACACAGAUCGCAUUCAAGUGUUGAGGAACAUGGUGCACUGCGCUGACCUGAGCAACCCCACCAAGCCUCUAGCUGUGUACAGACAGUGGACAGAGCGCAUCAUGGAGGAGUUCUCCAGACAGGGAGACAAGGAGAGGGAGAGAGGCAUGGAGAUUAGUCCCAUGUGUGACAAACAUACAGCCUCGGUGGAGAAGAGUCAGGUUGGCUUUAUCGACUACAUCGUGCACCCUCUGUGGGAGACGUGGGGGGACCUGGUCCAUCCGGACGCCCAGGAUAUCCUGGACACUCUGGAGGACAACAGGGACUGGUACCAGAGCACCAUCCCCCAGAGUCCCCCCGAGCCUGUGGACACGGACAAGGAGCUCAACGUCUGCGUCGACAAGUUCCAGUUUGAGCUCACUUUGGACGAGGACAGUCACGCAGAGCACGCCGAGGAGGAGGAGGAGGGCGAGAGACCCUCGCCGAACCACCUGACGCAGGGCCGCCGCGAGGGACAGAAGGACGGGGACGGGGAGAACGAAGGGGAGGGAGGCGACGGAAUCGCGGAGGAGGACGAGAACAUCAUCGAAGAGGAGGACGAGGUGGUGAUGGAGGAGGACGAGGAGGCAGGAGAGCAAGGGAAGACGCGGUUAGGGGGUGAGGAGGGGAGAAACUCUGACACGAGUCCCGUGGAGGAAGAGGAGGAGGAAGAUUCAUCCUCACCAGCUGAUGACACAUGAGUUUUGCCCCCCACCCCCCUCCCCCACCCAACUCACAUGCACACACAUUCUCUUUAUCCAUCUUUAUUUUUGAUGGCAAAACCAAGAACAAAGAAAAAGAGUACAUAAACAAUACAGACCUUUAAAUCUAUUUUUCAAAAAGGGAACUUAAUAAUAACGCUUCAAGCUAAUAACACAGCAACUGUAGAUUUGACGUGGGAGCUGGAGUCAUUCCAGCAAAUAUAAUCUGAGGAUCUGUGGAUGAAAAGGCAUGGGGAAACACAUCAAUAAUGGGCCAUCGAAGUCGGUGUAGUACUCUGGAACUGAAAUGUACACAUAAACACAUACAGACGCAUACACAUACACCAAAGUAGUCAUGUUAAAACACACCGACAAAUACACACAACACGCACAGACAAAUACACGCACACAUACUACACAGAGUGACUUAAACACAACUGCACACUUGUAACACACGUGUGUGUUUUGUGUGUGUGUAGAUGGGGUCUUGGAUUGGUUCUGAGUCUCUUUGGAAAAAGCCAUCUCUUAGUGGAGUAUUAAAUAAUGUCAGUCAGUAUUAAUAGUUUAUGUUUGUCAGAAUCUCAACAGGAACUCUGUUUCCUCAGAAAUGCUACACUUCAGAGUGACUUUUUUCCAUUUCUGUCGGAAAGAAUAAUAUGGAUCUAUAAAGCAGAUGGAGAGGAAGAGAGGAGGAGAGGAAGGGAGGAGAACAGACGAGGAGAGGAAGAUAACGAUGGAGAGGAAGAUGCUGCGAUAAAGGGACCUGCCGGUCCCACCCCUCUUUUCCCUUUAUGAGAAGUGCUACCGGUGCAAGAUGGCUGUGUGCCUUUCUGAAACACCAGCUCCCUGAAUGGAGUUGCUGUGAAGCAAUGCAUCGUGGGACAGGAGUGUUUGCUUUUGUCUUCAUUUUCGAUUGUCUCUUGAGAUCUAUCUGAACUGUUCUUUAUUUACUGUGUACUUCACAAGCUCAGUUUGUUUCUGUGUUUCUGACAUGUUUUCAGUAAGUCUUCCUUUGUUUCUCUUUUAGUAAUGAGAUGUCUCAAAACUCAAAAAGAGCAGUCCCUACUACUACCACACCUCCACUAUACCGCUAAUAGACUCUUUCCUGCAACUGGGUUUUCUUCUAAGAAUGACUUUUUUUUACUUUAUGAGUAUAAGCCAUGUAAAUCUUUGGAGCAUACGUUAUGCCUAUUUUCUAUUUAUCAAAGUUUUGCUGAAUAUGUUGAACACUUACUAAUAAUUUCAGCAGCAGCACUAAUUCCAUAUUUCAUGCAAAUUGUGUGUUUCACGUCCAGUCUCUCUUCACAUAAUGCUUCGGUUGUCACCAAAACAUAAGAUUAAGAGAUCAGUGAUGGAAAAGGAGCUCGCAGAGGGCAGAGGGAGUUUGAGGAGAAACAGUGAUUUUAGGGUUUGAAAAUCAGGGAGCAGUACUGGUUGGAGGGGAGAAGCUUGGCCAAAAGGAGGACCGGCAGUCCCAAAUCAUCCUUAUUAUAUUUGAAGCUUUUUUGCCUUAAUGUCACAUGCAGGACACAUGCUGUGCCUGCCACUAUGUAGAUUUAUAUGAUAUAUUCUAAAAUAUCCUAGUAUAUUUAUACCAUGUCUGUAUGCCUCUAUCUGUGUGAAUUGUCUUUACACAAUUUAUCCAGCGUCCUGCAUUUUAAAGAGAAAGUGUAACAUUGCUGCUACAUAAUCAAUAUGUUGCUACAAUGUUAUAGCCAAUAUUAAGAAUGUGUUGUGAUGGUCAUGAGAGUACGAACCCACAUUUCAAUCCCCACUUGAGGGGCCUCUUUGGGGGAGGGUUGAUUUUUACCCUUUACAGUUUUGCUUUAGGUGGAAAUUAGCAAGACGUGGGUAUGGAGGUUUCUGAUGAUGAAUGUGAAGGUCCAUGUAGAGAGAGAGAGGGAGAGGGAGAGAGGAGAGAAAGAGAGAAAGAGAGCGAUGAGAAGAAGAAAAGGAUCGGGAGAGGGUGUCUUUUGUUGCCACAAACUAGCUUGUCACACUCACAAUCAUCAUUAUUAUGGAUUGAUGGUCAGGCCUUGAUCAGGACAACUUGUAAAGGUGACAGUUUGACUUGGGAUUUUUCAUAGGGUAAAAUGCAAUCAGGAAGGUUCUAUCGAGGGCAUACGAAGCUGGUUUCUGCUGGUCAGUAACCGGGCUUAUCUUAAGAAUCCUGUGCCUGAUGGAAGAGGAUCCUGGGUGUCCGGCCAGCUCUGUGAUUGGAUAGAGCAGGUUUGUGGGGUCACUGCUCUGGCCUUUGAUAUGUGGAAUGGGAAUCCAGGGUUACUGUUGCAGUUGCAUCUGAUAUUCCCAUGAUGCAUUUACCUAUCUCUGAAGAUGUGGCUUUGUUUUUGUGGCUUUUUGUUGUUACGAGCUAUAAAAAACAAACACCUAUUUAAUUGCCAUUUUAACACAAUACUGUAGCAAUCGUUUCUUAUUAAGGAAUUAUUCAAUUGAUUGAUCGCUGCCAUUGUUUUUAAAUGAUGAAAAGAAAACCAUAGAAAAUACCAGAAGUGUUUUCUUUGAACAGUUUGUGUACAGUUUUUAUUUUUGUAUCAUUCUGGUGGAUGGAAAUUGAACAACAUAUUGAUAGUAUAACUACUAGCAUUACCACGGCUUGUUUUGUAUAUAGUGUAAUGUUGGACUGUAAAUUAUAAAUUUAUCCAAGUAUAUUUGUCAUCAUCCCUGACAAAUUACCUUGUAUGGUUGUUAUGAGACUGAGGUAGUAAAGUAAAUCACUUAAGCACUAUAGGCCAAAUCCUGACACUUUCAUCCUUCCUCUCUACUGUCCUUCUCUCUUGUGCUGUCCUUUUCUCACACACUCUGAAUUGUGUAAAUUCUAAUUGUAUACAAACGGUCAGAAAAAUAUUUUGUACCAGCACUUUAUUUUUGGGCGGGUCGUAAGGUAGGUGAUGUGGUUACAGUAGUGUGGGUCUAUGUGUCGGAUGAUUGAUAGUUAGCUGUUACACUGAUUGCAUUCCAUUGGGCCAGAUACCUGACCCUUUUAUUGUUAGUUGCAUUUGCCCAUGCUCUGUUGGCAUAGACAAAUGUCAUAGAAAAUGAUCGCCAUCAUUAAUCCAGGAAAGUUCAUACUAGUGUUUUUGACUGUUUGUGUCACAUGGUGUGACUCAGAAGGAAGAAAAAAACGGUUGUGCCCUCAAAGGUCAUAACCUUCCCAUUUCUAGAAUAAUCUCCACUUUUAAUUCUAAGUCACUUUGGUCAUAGAAUCCCUCUGAGAAACUAUCUGGACUUUAAUUCAUUUGUUUGUUCACAAGUUAGUAAAAUUAUAUAAAUUGAAAAAACACAUGAAAUGAUUGUAAUAUUUGUAAAUUAUAUUGCCGUAAUGUGUAAAAUGUGUCCAAGUUAUUUUCUAUUAUAUUAUUUUUAUGAAAGGUUUUCCUCUGAGAGAACUGAAGUGUUAUUUUGUGAAUAAAAUGCAUUUAAUAAGCAAACAGCUAUAUAUAAAAUAAUUAUAUAUCAGUAUAUUUUUCUUUUAUUUCACUGUUCGGUACUGUAAAGUGUGUUAAGAUUACAAAUAAAGGAAGAUUUUUAUAUUAAAG